UCCUACCUUCCAUCACAUCAGAUUCCCCGUUCAGCAUCGACGUGCUUGAAAUCAAGUCGUUAUGGCGAAGUCGCGCAUCGUCAACAUGUCUGACGAUCUAUACACCGCGUGUGUUGCUCGACACGAGUCGUCUUUGAAAUACAUGUCCAAAGAAGAAAAGCAUGACAAGCUUCUGGCCUUAAUGAUAGUGGAAGAGAGCGUCGAUUACUUUUGGAGCAGCAUCAUGAAUGGUCUCGACGACACAUCAAAGAACGAGUCGUUGUCUGAUGUGAUUGUGAGAUGCCGAAGCAAAACGUGGAAGCUACAUCAAUUUGUCAUCUGCAACCGCUGCCAAUUCUUCGAAGCAGCGUGUCGAGGACCCUUCAGUGUUCACGUGCAGGAGGCGCAAGACAAGAUCAUUGUCAUGGAUGAUGACGAUCCGGACUGUAUAGGUCUAAUGGUCCACUGGAUGUAUACUAACUUCUACAGUGUCGGUGAUGUCUGCACCCCACAAAGUAUAAUUGCUUUCAAUGCGGACGUAGCAGACAUGUGCGAUAAGUAUAACCUCCCAGAACCUGCCAUCGCGGCAUGGUCAUGCACUGCCGAGCAUAUCGCAGUUGAUGGGUGGCCUGAUGAUUUUGUUGCUGAUGUUGACGCUGUCUUCACCUCGGGACGCGACACAAAAUCCUACCGUCAGGCGGAAAACACCAUUGUCGAAGGAUUUCACAGGCAUAGACAAACAAUCAUCAACUGUCUCGGGCAAUACGAAGUGAGCGAGCUAUUUGAAAGGAAUCCUCGGUUCGGCAGUAAAGUUGCCCAGAAGCUGCUCUUCUCGGGCAAAUAGUCGACUGCGAGAACGGGAAGGGUCGUCUAGGAGAGGAGAAUCAGAAGCAGCGUUCCGGUGCCCAUCGAAUCACUUUGAUGAGGAUGCACAGAGGCCGCAUUUCCCUGCUUGAGCUCGGUGAAAAUGAAUCGGGUUGACCUUUUUUCAACUUCGUUACGGUAAGAUCUGCUUCACGUCAGAGGCUGGAAGUGCUUCGAAGCAGAGGUUCGGAGAGCGCGGCGUAUGCAGCAUGCAGCGCAUAGCAGGCAAGCAUGAAGAC